AUGGUAUUAGUAAGCAAGGGUGAUUUCAUCUGGAUUGAGCCUGGAAAGGCCGAGGGUUCGAUCCCGAUCGGAGCCCGUGUCAUCGAUCAGGACCAUGGUCGCUUGAAAGUAAUUGAUGAUCUUGGAAACGAACAAUGGCUAUCGGCGGAUCGACGAGUGAGAUUGAUGCAUCCCACAUCAGUACAAGGUGUAGAAGAUAUGUGUCAACUGGGGGAUUUUCAUGAGAGUGCAAUUCUCAGGAAUUUGUUUGUCAGAUACAGAGAAAAACUGAUCUAUGCGUACACUGGAUCCAUUCUGAUUGCUGUGAAUCCAUAUAUGGAUAUUGCAAUCUACACAGCUGACGAAAUCCGUAUGUACAAAAGAAAACGAAUUGGAGAACUCCCACCUCACAUUUUUGCAAUUGCUGACAAUGCAUAUACAAAUAUGAGAAGAGAAAGAAAGAACCAAUCAGUCAUCAUUAGUGGUGAAUCGGGUGCCGGAAAGACAGAAUCCACAAAACUUGUCCUCCAGUUUUUGGCAACAAUUAGUGGACAACAUAGUUGGAUUGAACAACAAGUCCUUGAAGCAAAUCCAGUUCUUGAGGCAUUUGGUAAUGCGAAGACAAUCCGCAAUGAUAACUCGUCUCGCUUUGGGAAGUACAUAGAUGUACAUUUCAAUGAAAGUGGAUCUAUCGAGGGAGCCAAGAUUGAGCAAUAUCUACUGGAAAAGUCAAGAAUUGUCACACAAUCAGAAAAUGAAAGAAACUAUCACAUUUUCUAUUGCCUGUUGGCUGGUUUAUCCAAAGACGAAAAAGCAGAACUAGAGUUGGGAACUGCUGCGGACUACUACUACUUGAUCCAAGGAAAAACACUAACUGCAGAGGGACGUGAUGAUGCUGCUGAUUUGGCUGAAAUCCGUUCUGCAAUGCGAGUUUUGAUGAUUAAUGAACAGGAGAUCGGAAGUAUAUUCAAACUCUUGGCAGCACUUCUUCAUAUUGGAAACAUCAGAUUCCGACAGAAUACAACUGAUAAUAUGGAGUCCGUUGAUGUCGCAGAUCCGUCAACACUUGUUCGAAUCGCGAAACUCUUACAUUUGCAUGAACAGAAUCUUCUUGAUGCAAUCACUACAAAGAGUCUGGUGACACGCGAAGAACGCGUCAUUUCUAGAUUGAAUGGCCAACAAGCGAUUGAUGCAAGAGAUGCCCUUGCAAAGGCAAUUUACGGGAAACUGUUCAUUCACAUCGUUAGAAGAGUGAACGAUGCUAUUUACAAGCCAUCACAGUCAAAACGAACUUCAAUUGGGAUUCUUGAUAUUUUUGGAUUUGAGAACUUUGAAAGCAAUAGUUUUGAACAACUCUGCAUCAACUUUGCCAAUGAGACACUCCAACAAUUUUUUGUCCAGCACGUCUUCAAAAUGGAGCAGAAAGAGUAUGAUGAGGAAAACAUCAACUGGCGUCAUAUCAAAUUUGUCGAUAACCAGGCUACAGUUGAUCUGAUUGCUCAGAGGCCGCUGAACAUCUUGUCACUUAUUGACGAAGAAAGUAUUUUCCCAAAAGGAACCGACAAAACAAUGUUGCUAAAACUUCAUUCCACUCAUGGUAGAAAUGAAUUAUAUUUGCAACCGAAGUCAGAGCUUCAACGGGCUUUCGGAGUGACGCACUUUGCUGGAAACGUGUUCUAUAACACACGUGGUUUUCUCGAAAAGAACCGUGAUUCAUUCUCGGGAGAUCUAUCUGCACUUAUUUCAUCUUCGAAAAUGCCAUUCUUGGCUAGACUGUUUGAUGACAUCGAAUAUGAUACUGGUACAAGAAAAAAGGUUACUGUUGGAAACCAGUUCCGUCGAUCGUUAGAGCAACUGAUGGUCCAACUGACUCAAACUCAUCCGUUCUUCAUCAGAUGUAUCAAACCAAAUGAGUUGAAGAGAGCGUUGGUUAUGGAUAGAGACCUGGUAUUGAGACAACUUCGUUACUCUGGAAUGAUGGAGACUAUCAAAAUCAGAAGAAGUGGUUAUCCAAUUCGACAUGACUACUAUCCAUUUGUUUUCCGUUACCGCGUACUUGUUCCCAGUAUUCGUGGUCCUGCAAAUCGGAUUGAUCUACAUGAUGCUGCUAAAAAGAUCUGCCACAAAGUCCUCGGAACAAAUGCUGAUUACCAACUCGGAAAAACAAAAGUUUUCUUGAAAGACAAACAUGAUUUGGUUCUGGAACAGGAAUACUACAGAAUUCUGAAAGACAAAGCAGUCAUCAUUCAGAAGAACGUAAGAAGAUGGUUGGUCAGAAAAGAUUUCGAGAAACAGCGGCAAGCUGCAGUAACGAUUCAAACCGCCUGGAGAGGUUAUGACCAGAGAAAAAGAUAUCGACAGAUUAUUUCCGGAUUUUCACGUCUUCAGGCUGUUCUCCGUUCAAGACAGUUGGUGUCACAUUAUCAAUCUUUACGCAAAACAAUCAUUCAAUUCCAAGCUGUCUGCCGUGGAACACUUCUACGUCGACAAGUUGGAGAAAUGAGAAGACGUGGAGAAAAAGCACCGCUUACUGAGAUAUCUUCAACUGCUUCAGUUAUUUCUGAUACCCACGAGGAAGAGCUGGUUGGGCAUUUGUUUGACUUCUUGCCAUCUGACGGAAAAGAUUCUGGAAAUGAAAAUGACAGUACUGAUAGUAGCAGAUGUGGAUCUUAUUCGAAACUCCAUCCGUCGCCUGUCAUGCCAUCAACGAAUAUUCCACGUAUCGACUCCUUCAUUGAUGAAGACCUUAGCAAAUUUCAAUUCGGAAAGUAUGCAGCUACAUUCUUCCAAGCUCAAGCCACUGCCACGCAUAUCAAGAAACCUAUCAAGACUGCACUUCUCUCACAUACCGAACCAAGUGCUCAACUUGCAGCGUUAGCCUCGUGGACAACUAUUCUUCGUUUUAUGGGAGACUUGCCAGAUGUCAAGCCAGGUUCAACUAAUGGAUCUGAAAUAUAUGAUAAAACGCCUGUGAUGAGCCGAUUAUAUGCUACUCUUGGGAAGAAAUUCAGUUCUCGAGAUGUGGAAGAAGCAUUGCUAUCCAGUGAAUACGGAGGAACAAAGACUCUGAAAAAGGGAAUGGGAAAGAAGUUGAUCAGUAUGACAUUGAAGCGAAAAGGAAAGAUUGGUGGUUCUGACACUUCAUCUAUUUCUUCUGAUAGUGCGUACUCUGGAUUCAAUGCAAUGUUGGAAAAUAAGCCAAUGACCAGUUUGGACAAAUUACAUUAUAUCAUUGGAUUGGGUAUUUUAAGAGAAGAUAUGAGAGAUGAAAUAUACUGUCAGUUGUGCAAGCAAUUGAGUAACAAUCCAUCAAAACUGUCAGCAGCUAGAGGAUGGAUUCUUUUGUCUCUAUGCGUAGGAUGCUUUGCUCCAAGUGAGAGAUUCAUCAAGUAUCUUUUCUGUUUUAUCCGUGAAAGAGGACCUGCUGGAACGGGUUACUCUACAUAUAUUGAAGAUAGGCUCAGAAGAACACAAGUGAAUGGAACUAGACACCAACCACCGAGUUAUGUGGAGUUACAAGCCAACAAAUCACAGAAGCCAGUAGUUUUGGCAGUCACUUUCAUGGAUGGAAGUGUCAAAACACUCUGCGCUGAUUCUGCAACAACAGCUUCCGAACUGUGCAAGCAACUUGCAGAGAAAGUUGGUCUCACAAAUUCGUUUGGUUUCAGUUUAUACAUUGCACUUUUCGACAAAGUAUCUUCUCUCGGAAGUGGUACUGAUCACGUGAUGGAUGCCAUCUCUCAAUGUGAACAAUACGCGAAGGAGCAAGGAAGACAAGAAAGAAAUGCUCCAUGGAGGCUUUUCUUCAGAAAGGAAAUUUUCAGUCCUUGGCAUGAUCCAAAAGAUGACCCAGUCAGUACUAAUCUGAUCUACCAGCAAGUUAUCAGAGGAAUCAAGUAUGGCGAGUAUAGAUGUGACAAAGAUGAAGAGCUUGCUGCAAUUUGUGCACAACAAUAUUAUAUUGAUGAGGGGGUGAUGGAUGUGAAUAAACUUGAGAAUAAUCUCGCUUCAUAUCUUCCUGAUCUUGAGAUAGCGGGUAAAGAUAUGGCACUUGAGAAAUGGACGCAGACAAUCAUGCAUCAGUAUAGAAAGAAGUUCACUGGACGUCUUCCAUCCCAAAUUGAAGUCAAAGAAGAUGUUGUGUCUAUUGCAAAGACCAAGUGGCCUCUCCUGUUCUCCAGGUUCUAUGAAGCACUGAAAUUCGCUGGACCACCUCUUCCAAAGAAUGAAGUUAUUAUUGCUGUAAACUGGACUGGUGUUUAUGUAGUUGAUGACAGAGAACAUGUUAUGCUUGAAUUCAGUUUCCCGGAAAUUUCAACUGCCUAUUACGGAAAGGGAAAACGAAGUACAACAGACACUUGCACAAUUCGGUCUGUGGUAGGAGACGAGUAUACAUUCCAAUCCCCGAACGCUGAUGAUAUCACUAAUCUGAUAGUCUUGUUCUUAGAGGGUCUGAAGAAGCGAAGUAGAUAUCUUGUUGCAGUGAAGUCACAGAAAGGAGACGAGAAAAACAACUUCCUUGAAUUCGAAAAGGGAGAUCUUCUCAUCCUGGUCAAUGAAUUCACCGGAAACACAUUGCUCACUGAGAGUGUCGUGAAAGGAGAGAAUUCCAGAACAUGCUUGUUUGGUCUAAUCCGUGCUGAAAAUGUUUAUGUUCUACCAACCCUUGUGAAGCCAUCCAAAAACACAUUGCAAAUAUUCCCGAAAGAUAUGGAUAUGAGCCUCGAUCUUUUUAACAACAACAAACAGUUCAAUGUUAUUGACUAUAAUGCGGAACCAUUCACACUUGAAAACUUUGCAGAAGAAAAUUUCAAUUCACAAGUGAAAAGGGUUGGAUCACAAAUCUCCUUGAUGACACUGAGAAAGAAAGAAUCACAAAUCGAGAGUUGGAGAUUUUCAAGAGAUCACAUUGAACAUCCACUUCUCAAAAAACUGAAUGGCAGAGAUGAUGCUUGUCGUGGAGCAGUGGAAAUAUUCGCAGCAAUCAUGAAGUAUAUGGGAGAUGAACCAUCAAAAAGAAGUCGCCUUGGAACUCACUUGACUGAUCAUAUUUUCAAACUUCCAAUUUCAAUGGAAGCUUUAAGGGAUGAACUUUACUGUCAACUUGUAAAGCAGUUAACAUUGAAUCCUUCGAUUAUGUCCGAAGAGCGAGGAUGGGAACUUUUAUGGAUGGCCACCGGAUUGUUUGCCCCAAGUGCUGCAUUGGCCAAAGAAAUAAGUCAUUUCCUGAAGUCAAGACCUCAUCCAAUUGCAUUGGACUGUCAGAACCGUAUGCAGAAACUUGCCAAGGGCGGAAGUAGAAAGUAUCCACCACAUCUUGUCGAAGUUGAAGCUAUUCAACAUAAGACAACACAAAUAUUCCAUAAGGUGUUCUUCCCGGACAGCACGGAUGAAGCUAUAGAAGUGGACUCUGCUACGAGAGCCCGCGACUUCUGUCACAAGAUUGGAUAUCGGCUCGGUUUGAAGUCAUCAGAUGGGUUCAGUCUGUUUGUCAAAAUAAAGGACAAAGUACUGGCUGUUCCGGAAACAGAGUUCUUCUUCGAUUAUGUCCGAUCACUGUCUGAUUGGGUUCACACGAACCAUGCUAUGCAGAAAGAUGCUACUAUGAUCCCGAUAAAUUAUCAAGUGUACUUUAUGAGGAAGCUUUGGUACAACUUUGUUCCAGGAGCCGAUCCACAAGCAGAUAUUAUUUUCCAUUAUCAUCAGGAAUCCCAAAAAUACUUGCUUGGUUAUCAUAAAACUACUAAAAAUGACGUUAUCGAAUUGGCAGCUCUCAUCCUGCGAGCCAUGACAAAGGACUCUAAAAAUGCUCCAAUUGCUCAAAUCCCUCAACUACUUGAUGACAUAGUUCCGAAAGAUUCACUCAAAAUGUAUUCUGCAAGUGAAUGGAGAAAAACAAUCGGAAACGCAUAUGCCAGAGUAGAACAUUUGAAGUCUGACCAAGCGAAGAUAGAAUUCUUGAAUUAUAUUUGUCGCUGGCCGACAUUUGGAUCCGCUUUCUUCCCAGUCUCUCAGUACUCUGACUUGAGUCUUCCAGAUAGACUUUUGCUUGCCAUCAAUCAAACUGGAGUGAACAUUUAUCACUUGGAUACUAAGAAUCUGCUUGUUCAGUAUCCAUUCAAUGUGAUCUGUAACUGGACCAGUGGAAACACGUAUUUCAACAUGACGGUUGGAAAUAUGUUGAAGGGUAAUGAAGGAAAGAAACUCCUUUUGGAUACUACUGUGGGUUACAAAAUGGACGAUUUGCUCACCUCAUAUAUAUCUCUUCUGAUAUCAAACCAAAAUAAUCAUCCCUCUAAACAUAGGGAGGUGGCACUAUAG